GGUAAACAAGAGCUUCGUUUUCCACAGUGUUUCACUAUUCUUUUUCCGGUAUCCGAUACUUCUCCAUACCUAUAAGAUCAAGCAGUUGAGGAAGAGAAAGCAUCGCUCUUCUACAAAUACUCUUAUGGGAUAAGUGAUUAACCGCCUCAGGACAAGAAUUGUGCGCAACAAUUAGGACAAUUAUUGAUCCAUUCCAGUGGGUUACAUGCGAGCAUAACGAUGACUUAUUCUGUUAUUCAAGUAUUCAUACUGUUGGGGACGUCUGAAAAAGAGUAUUUAAACAAGUAUAUUGAGUUUUCUCGAGUAGUGUGAAUUAAGUGUCUGUAUCCAGAUAGGAUUUUAAAAAAUCGAAAUAGUUGACUUUGUUUUGUGAAGGUUCGAGGAUCCCACCGUGUUGUGUCCAUCAUUUCAAAUAAAAAAUGCCGAUCUUUAUUUCCUUUUCUAAGCUGUUACAUCUAUCUUCACUCGAAGCUAACACAACGAAAGCCAACAUAUCCUACAUUUCUUUGAAUCUUUCUGCGAUGGACGCAUACCAUUAUGAGGAAGUCUUACUCUCCAAUAUGCUUGUGGAGGAUGGUAAACUCAUAUAUCCUUGUCCAUGUGGUGAUUUGUUUGAACUUUCGCUACAAGAUUUUGCGGCUGGGGCUGAUGUCGCACAGUGUCCAACGUGUUCUUUAACAAUCAAAGUGAAGUUUACUCAUGAAGAAAAGGCGCACUUGCUUCACUCAGAGGGGACAUCCGUUCUCAUUGCUUCUAGUGUAUAAGUAGAAUAUAAUUAUAAAACAUUCUUCUUUAAAUAUUUAAGGUUUCUUUUAUCAUUUUUUUUUUGCUUUCUAUUCUACCCUUACUCAAGUUAGGACUCAUAUUGAAGGGUAUUACCACUAUGAAUAAAUCUAUAUCUCCUAAAAGAACAACAAUCAGGCAACUAAAUCUUAAUUAAUUUGAUGUAAUUUGAAAA